UAUAGCGUCUAUCGACGCGUAUAUCCUCAUAACCAUAUCCAUAUAAUAUCUACUCUACCUUAUUGUUAACAGCUAUCGAGGUACAUCACUAUAAUGUGAUGUCAAUUACAAUUUGUCUUCGCACAAACGAACUAUAACUGCGUUUGGUGGGCGAAUUCCGCGAAAAUAGCCUCCCUGGCUUGUGUAACACAAUCAAAGACGGAUCCCGAAGCUGUUCUAUGAAUUGCAAUUUUUUUGACGCAGAGUCUUGAAAUGAUUUACCCGAAACGGUUUCCCGCACUUUCCCGAGGGCGAAAGUAACCAGCCACCACGGUCCACCAGAGCUAAUGCAGCAGCAGCGAAUAGCUCUCGUCUGUGUGGCAGUGUCCUGUCGUGGCUUGUGCCACCUAACGAUUCCUCUCGUUGAUAAAAAGCGCGCGCCUCUUGCGAGCAACCAACAUUCAAUUCGCGAAUCUCGUACGAAACGGUUGUGCAAAAUAAAAUAAAAGUCGGUGUACAACGUGGUGUAAUCCGCGCACUUCGAAGCAGUUUGUUUUCGAUCAACGCAAUUUGGAAGUUUCAAGAAUCGUGAAAGGCUGUAACAAAUAUGAUGUGAGCGGGUGGAAAACAAAGCACAAAUAGUGUAAAGUGUAUGAAGGACUGUGCAAAAGCAGACGAGCUUAGUAGUUAAUCGAAGAACGUGGAAAGAGUUUGAUUUACGUCGAAGUUUUGCAGCGAUUGUGAUAAAUUUUAGUAACAGGAGGAAUUCAGAGCUAGUUCUCUUCAAUCCAACGGUGUAGCUAACUGGGAUAACAAAUCGCCAGAAACAACUAUGGAAAAGAGUCAAUUUCCAACGUUUAUCUGUUUGUGCAUUGUGGCACUGAUUAUUUCAUCGCACGGCCAUCCUGCUCAAUCUCCGCAGUCUGGCGCAAAGGAUAUCAACAACAGCAUAAUGCCACCCAUCAAAAAAGAUGUCUUCAUGUCACGCGGUUGGGGUGCAUCGGGAAUGCCAUUCACCAUGCUGUAUCUGAACCACUACACCAAACAGCAAAAGGCUUACGCCCAACAUCAGCUGCAGCAACAGAUGCAGAAACUUCGCGAGCAAGAAGCUGCUGAGACGGACGCUAACCGCGAACUGCGACCCGUUGAAGACGAACUUGAACAGCCCAGAAUGCUACCGUACGGAUCGAGAUAUCCAGAACCAAAUGCACAACCAAACGAAAUGAGCCAGAGUGGCGGUUUCAAAGAGCCGGACGAGUACGCCGAUGGCACCAUCUUUGUACCUUCCAAACCCAGUUCACCACGGAGACAGUAUAAUGUACCUCAGCUAUUCGUCUCGUACGGUUGGGGUCCAAUGGGUUAAUUUGUGUAUUGCAGCUGAUGAAAGGGUUAGCAUUUAAUUCUAUUUAUUUUAUUUAGAUAUUAUGUAAUUGUGCCAUCCAAAGUGAGGUUAUUCCACAGGAAGUGAAGGAAAUGUUUUGAUUGACCAUCGGAAUUCCGAUUUAAAUUGAACAAUCUCGUGGAAUUUGCAUAGUAAAAACAACAUGUUUGGUUGCACCACCGGAUUUUUUUACCAGUAACAAUUGAAUAAAAGCAGAAAGUUGAUUAAGGCGUUAAAUUCAAUUAAUUCAUUUAUGUUUUUUUUACGAAAAGGGGACAAAUUUGUAAAUGAUGAUCCACACUUCAUAUGGAAUGACCCACUAACGACUCAGAUUUCUCUAUGUGAUGUCUUGACUCUUUGUGUAUAAAAACUGUGUACCAUAUCGAUACAUACCAAACCAACCAAAAUAAAAAAAAUA